AGCCCUAGACUGACCGGGCCGGGCAUCUUACCGGAAUCCCAAUCCAGACCUCAGCUUCCCCCAAUUCCCACCGCCGAUCGGCCGCCGCGAUGCCGAAGAAGAUGGGCGUCAACUCCAAGGCGGAGGCGGCGCGCGAGCGCCGGUCCGCCGAGGAGUCGGACCGGCGCCAGAAGGCGGAGCGGUCCAAGGAGGAGGAGUACUGGCGCGAGGCGGAGGGGUCCAAGCCCCGCGCCGCGCGCCGCCGCGAGGAGGAGGCCGAGAAGAAGGCCGAGGCGGCCGCGCGCAGGGCCGAGAACCGCCGCCUCGCCGAGGCCGAGGAGGCCGCCCUCGCCAGGGCCGCCGCCUCCAAGACCGACGCCCGCAAGGCCAACCGCGUCGCCGCCCCCGCCGCCAAGGUCACCGAGGCCGAGCUGCUGCGCCGCCGCGAGGAGGAGCGCCUCCGCCUCGAGCGCGACGCCGAGGCCGCCAAGAAGCGCGCCGCGCGGGUCAGCGAGGAGGAGGAGUACGAGCGCGUCGUCGUCGUGCCCAACACCAAUAGGGACGACUCCAUCGUCGAGGCGUCCUCCGUCGGCGAGGCCAUCGCCCGGAUGUCGCUCGUCAACUCCGAGUCACCCUUGCCUGCCGACAGGCAUCCCGAGCGUCGCCUCAAGGCAUCCUUCAAGGCAUUCGAAGAGGCGGAACUUCCUAGGCUGAAGGAAGAAAAGCCAGGCCUAACACUGAAACAGUACAAAGACAUGAUAUGGAAGCUAUGGAAGAAAUCGCCAGACAACCCUUUGAACAAGGCGGCUGAGUGAGGAUGCACUCCUAGUUUCCUACUUAAUGAUAUGAUCUCUAUGGCAUCCAACAGAACUGAACUGCAGCUGCCUCGAUAUCUUUGUUCGUGGACUGGAUUGUGUGGCGGAGCUUGAACCAAACACUGGAGCUUCUUGGCUAAUAAUCAAUGAAUUGAUGCAGUGUAUAUUGUGAGGCUUACUUCUCAUUUGAGAUUUUGUCCAAUUUUCUCUUGUACUUAGAUAUGUUUGGGUAUGUUAGUACUUGAAUAUUCAACAGUUGCCAUAUCGGAAUUAUGGAUAAUAUGAGAUAAUUAUGUUAUUUUC